UCAGAUUUUCCAUUUCCUAUUUGGAUUUCAUUUGGAAAGGUGUCAUACUAGAGACAGAUCGCAGGCAAAUAUUUAUUACAAAAAUGUCGUCGCCAACAGAGAGUCAAAUGAAAGAGCUCAAGGAGGCAUUUGGUCUAUAUGACAGGGAUAAUGAUGGCCUCAUCUCUACAGAUAUACUUGGAGAGGUCAUGAGGUCAUUAGGUUCAUGUCCAACGGAAGCGGAAGUGGAGGAGUCAAUCAACAUGGAAGACCCUCAUGGUAAAGGCAAACUGGACUUCAGUACAUUUUCUCGAAUCAUGGCCCAUCAUAUCAGCCAAUCACAGGUAGAUGCUGAAGAAUUUAGAGAUGCAUUCAGAAUAUUUGAUAAAGAUGACACAGGAACACUUAGCGCAGCUGAAUUACGUCAUGUAAUGACAACUCUUGGUGAGAAAUUAACAGAUGCUGAAGUUGAUGAGAUGAUACGAGAAGCUGACGUUGGGAGCGAUGGAAGGAUUAAUUAUGAAGAAUUUGUACAAAUGAUGGCUCAGACGCAUUAACAGAUUAAGAAAACGCAUUAUAGCCUACACAGUGCGUAUAAAAAGUUUACACUUUAAAACAUUCUUAUGAUACAUUUGUAAUAUUCUGAACCUUUUCCACAUGCACAUAAUCAUUGCAGGUCUAUUGACUAUCGACAAAUCUUUCGCAUGAGUGAGCAACAUUUUUUUUUUAUAAGUUCGUGAAAAAUGAUUUGCGAAAAACUUGGAAAUAUAAUGAUUUUAAGCAGACUUAAAUCAUGAAAAGCGUCAAUGCACCCCCCCCCCUACACACACACACACCCACACACACACGCACCUAGAUCAUCGUGAUGAUUUACAUGUAGCAGUGUUUCUCAUGAAAUCGGCUUUGGCACGGAGUUCCUCUUCACUGUCAUGCCUGAGAAAAGUGUGAAGAAACAAGUAUUAAGCAAAAAAAAAUACAAGUCCCCUUAGAUGACAAAAUCUUGACAAAAAUGCUGGAGAUGUCUGAAAUAAACUUAUAUUGACAUUGAUUUGCUUCAUGUCUGAUGUCGUCAGAGCCAGCUGGCCCUAUAGGGUUGAAAUAUUAAUUUGAGUGGCAAAAAUGUUACAAAAUGUUAAAAUAAAUUACCAAAACGGAUAGUGCUCACUAAAGUGUUACAUCCUGUCAAAAUUUUACUUUCAUUUGAUAGAACCAAAAAUAUGUGUGAAAGAAAUAUCCCCAUGUUGUAUAUUUUUCAAUUCCCAGGACUUUUUCCCGUGUAAACUUUUUUAUUGAUACGCACUGUAUAGUCAUUCAAGAUGUGGAUUAUUAUACAUAAAAGGGUAAACUAUAUACUAUUCAAGUCAUGUAUGCCUAUUAAAACAGUAUAUUUUACCGCAAUAUGAACUUGUGCAUCUAUGGCUUACCACACUCAAAGUAAAAUUGAUUUAUUUUGUUAGUGUCUACUAAGUGUAUAUAAAAUGGAAGUGGACUUAAACCUACACUUCAUUAAAUUUACUUCUCUAUGUUUUCGAAUAUUGUUGUUGUGUGGGAUUUUCAUAAUGUAUUGUCUUUCGUUUAGUCUAUGAAAUGUAAAAUCAUCUUUUAAAGGAACUCUCUCACGUUAGAGCCCCAGAAUCCUUCAAAUUGUAUGGGUAUCGCUCCUUCAAAUUCCUGCGAAACUAGUUAAUCAUCUCCGUGAGUCGAGGGACGGAAAUUUUUUUUAAAAAUAGGUUUACGGUUUGGGCAUAUUGAUCAUGUUAAUUAUGCAUGUAGGUACUAUUAUUCAAUAAUGUUAUUUUCACUGUGCAUGACAUUAGAUGGAAUUUGUAUUCUUUUAUUCGUAAGAAGACGAGAAAUAAUGGCCAAUAUUUCCAAUCAAGUCGUCAUAUCGCCCUCUGUUGACGUGACUAGAUGUAGUUCGUCCUCACUGUAAUCUGGCACGUUGAUCGACAUCAUUUUCCACCAACAUACAUUUCAUUAGCCCUUCUGUAAUAAAAGGUAUUAUUUCUACUGAUUUUCAAAGACUGGAAAUAAAUAUCGCAUCAUUUCUGUUUGCGAAGGCUCGUUUAUUUUGUAAAAAAAAAUCAAUUUGAAAAACACAUAACAUUCGAUUGUCAUUUGUAGAACAUACCCAAAGUAGAAAUUCAUGCUUGUUUCCGAAAUAUAUUCAUAUAAUAAGAGCUCACUUGCAAAAGGGGUUAGGUCCAUUUUUCAUCAAAUUUGAUUUUUUUUUUUGUCUCAAUGUAUAUAUUUUUAGUAGCUCUAUAAGAUGAUAACAAAGAAAAAUCACUUUUUUUCAAAAGGGGUUAGGUCCAUUUCAGUUUGGUUGCAAAAGGGGUUAGGUCCACACAUAAUUGUUUUUGGAAAAUAAUAAUUUAAAAAUAUGAAGACAGGUAGAUUUCUUUUAUACCAAAUUUAUGUUCUCAUGGUUGGGUAACAUGAAAAUUUAGUUUCGCAUAAGAAUAUUGCAAUAUGGGAGAAU